AUGAUGAUAGAAAUUUAUGAUUCUCCUUCCCAGUUUGUUGGUUUAGCCCUGGUUGUGGCCGGCGCCUGGGCCGUUUUCAACAUUCCAUCCUUCAUGCAAGCCCUCGCUUUCGCAUUUGACACCGACGUCAGUGGCACCGAGCUCUACCAGAACGCCAAACUGACUCAGGCCGUCGCCUAUGUGUGUGUCGGCCUAGGCCUCUUCAUCUUCCUCGUCGCCUUCUUCGGCUGCUGCGGUGUUGUUACUGACAGCUGCUGUCUUCUCAUCACUUACGCUGUGGUUGUCAGUCUACUCUUCCUUGCAAAGGUCAUCUGUGUUCUCGUUUUCCUACUCCUCGGUGAGAAGGUAGAUGAGUCUUGCCCUACACGAUCUAGACAGUUAAUAUUACAGAUAUCGCCAAUCGUUAUUGACGAAAUCCGAGGCACUUUUUCACAAAACUAUAUGGGCUACUUGGGUCUGCCACACCAAGACAAUUCUGCGUCAUACUCACAGGUGGUGGAUGCCAUUAUGUUAAAUUUCCAGUGCUGCGGAGUGCACGGCCUGCAAGACUUUGAGCAUGAGGAGACCUCCAUGCUGUGGCAUGAAGUGGGUCGACUCUACGUCAAUACAGAGAAUAAGGAGGUUACCGGGGAUGCCGUCGGCUUGCCGGUCGCCUGCUGUCAAUUCCGCAACAUUGAUUUCCCCAUGAAUUCUACGUUUCACCAAUUGCAUCGGAGCAUGAAGAGUACGCAAUGUCCAAUUAAGCCAGUGUCUGCCUACAAUACAAUGGGUUGUGUCGAAAAAAUAUCAUCCAUCCUGAAACAGUACACGGUGGCGAUUGCAGUAACACCGGUAAUAAUAGCAGUUAUCGAAGUGAUAGGCAUCAUUCUGGCCAGUGCAUUGGCCCACGAAGUGAAGCAGGACGUGGGACGAUUAUACUACCAGUAG